AUGGGGGCCGCGUGGGGGCCGCUGCCGCUGCCGCUGCCGCUGCUGCUGCUGCUGCUCCUGCCGCCGCCGCCGCCCGCGGAACCCCGGGCGCUGGAGCCCGGGCUGCUGCCGGGCAACUUUUCGGCCGACGAGGCCGGCGCGCAGCUCUUCGCCCAGAGCUACAACUCGAGCGCCGAGCAGGUGCUCUUCCAGAAAACGGCCGCCAGCUGGGCGCACGACACCAACAUCACCCAGGAGAACGCUCGGCGCCAGGAGGAAGCGGCCCUGCUCAGCCAGGAGUUCGCGGAGGCCUGGGGCAAGAAGGCCAAGGAGCUCUAUGAGUCCAUCUGGCAAAACUUCACUGACUCAAAGCUGCGGAGGGUCAUCGGAGCUGUUCGCACCCUGGGAGCUGCCAACCUACCCUUGGCCCAGCGGCAGCAGUACAACUCGCUGCUAAGCAACAUGAGCCGAAUCUACUCCACCGGCAAGGUCUGCUUCCCCAACAAGACUGCCACCUGCUGGUCUCUGGACCCAGAUCUCACCAAUAUCCUGGCGUCCUCACGAAGCUACUCCAUGCUGCUGUUUGCCUGGGAGGGCUGGCACGAUGCUGUUGGCAUCCCACUGAAACCUCUGUACCAGGACUUCACUGCCCUCAGCAACGAGGCCUACAGGCAGGAUGGCUUCGCAGACACGGGGGCCUACUGGCGCUCCUGGUACGAUUCCCCCACCUUUGAGGAAAGCCUGGAGCACCUCUACCACCAGCUAGAACCCCUCUACCUGAACCUCCACGCCUACGUCCGCCGUGCACUGCACCGGCGCUAUGGGGACAGAUACAUCAACCUCAGGGGACCCAUCCCAGCGCAUCUGCUCGGAGACAUGUGGGCCCAGAGCUGGGAGAAUAUCUACGACAUGGUGGUGCCUUUCCCAGACAAGCCCAACCUCGAUGUCACCAGUACGAUGGUGCAAAAGGGCUGGAAUGCCACACAGAUGUUCCGGGUGGCAGAGGAGUUCUUCACCUCACUGGGGCUCUCACCUAUGCCUCCUGAGUUCUGGGCAGAGUCGAUGUUGGAGAAGCCAACCGAUGGACGGGAGGUGGUGUGCCACGCCUCCGCCUGGGACUUCUACAACAGGAAGGACUUCAGGAUCAAGCAGUGCACGCGGGUCACGAUGGACCAGCUGUCCACAGUGCACCACGAGAUGGGUCACGUGCAGUACUACCUGCAGUACAAGGGCCUGCCCGUGUCCCUGCGCAGAGGCGCCAACCCUGGCUUCCACGAGGCCAUCGGGGACGUCCUGGCACUCUCUGUCUCCACUCCUGCACAUCUGCACAAAAUCGGCCUUCUGGACCACGUUGCCAAUGACACGGAAAGUGACAUCAAUUACUUGCUCAAGAUGGCACUGGAGAAAAUUGCCUUCCUGCCCUUUGGCUACCUGGUAGACCAGUGGCGCUGGGGAGUCUUCAGUGGUCGCACCCCUCCUUCCCGCUACAACUUUGACUGGUGGUACCUUCGAACCAAGUAUCAAGGUAUCUGCCCUCCAGUUAUCCGUAACGAAACCCACUUUGACGCCGGAGCUAAGUUUCAUAUCCCAAAUGUGACACCAUAUAUCAGGUACUUUGUGAGUUUUGUUCUACAGUUCCAGUUCCACGAGGCCCUGUGCAAGUAUGCAGGCCACCAGGGACCACUGCACCAGUGUGACAUCUACCAGUCCACCCAGGCAGGGGCCAAGCUCAGGGACUUGCUCCAAGCCGGCUGCUCCAAGCCCUGGCAGGAGGUGCUGAAGGACCUGGUGGGCUCCAGUGCUUUGGAUGCCCAGGCACUGCUAAACUACUUCCAGCCAGUCAGCCAGUGGUUGCAGGAGCAAAACCAGAAGAAUGGCGAGGUCUUGGGCUGGCCAGAAUAUCAGUGGCGUCCACCGUUACCAGACAACUACCCGGAGGGCAUUGACCUGAUGACGGAUGAGGCGGAGGCCAGCAAGCUCGUGGACGAGUAUGACCGAACAGCCCAAGUGGUGUGGAACCAGUAUGCCGAGGCCAACUGGGACUACAGCACGAACAUCUCCUCGGAGGCCAGCGCGAUCCUGCUGGAGAAAAACAGGGAGUUGACUCGCCAUACCCUGAAAUAUGGCACCUGGGCCAAGAGAUUUGAUGUGAGCAACUUCCAGAACGCCACUACCAAGCGGAUCAUGAAGAAAAUUCAGAUCCUGGAUCGGGCGGUGCUGUCUCCCUCGAAGCUAGAGGAGUAUAACCAGCUCCUGUUGGACAUGGAGACCACGUACAGCACAGCCACCGUGUGCCACACGAAUGGCACUUGCCUACAGCUGGAGCCUGACCUGACACAUGUGAUGGCCACAUCCCGGAAUUAUGAAGAACUCCUCUGGGUGUGGGAGAGCUGGAAUAACAAGGCUGGGAGAGCCAUCCUCCCUUUCUUCCCGAAGUACGUGGAACUGACCAACGAGGUCGCCCGGCUCAAUGGCUUUGCCGACGGAGGGGACUCGUGGAGAGCUUUGUAUGAAUCCGAAACUCUGGAGCGCGACCUGGAGCAGCUCUUCCAGGAGCUGCAGCCGCUUUACCUGAACCUACACGCCUACGUGCGCCGUGCCCUGCACCAUCACUAUGGGCCGCAGCACGUCAAUCUGAAGGGGCCCAUUCCAGCCCACCUGCUGGGGAACAUGUGGGCGCAAACCUGGUCCAACAUCUAUGACUUGGUGGUACCCUUCCCUUCAGCCACCACGUUGGAUGUCACAGAGGCUAUGAAAAAGCAGGGAUGGACGCCCAUGAGAAUGUUUCAGGAGGCUGACAACUUCUUCACCUCGCUGGGGCUGCUGCCUGUGCCCCCUGACUUCUGGAACAAAUCAAUGCUGGAAAAGCCCAAGGAUGGACGGGAGGUGGUGUGCCAUGCCUCUGCCUGGGACUUUUACAAUGGCAAGGACUUCAGGAUCAAGCAGUGCACCAGCGUGAACAUGGAGGAUCUGGCGGUAGCCCACCACGAAAUGGGCCACAUCCAGUAUUUCAUGCAGUACAAGGACCUGCCUAUGGCCUUCCGGGAGGGUGCCAAUCCCGGCUUCCACGAGGCCAUCGGGGAUGUGCUGGCCCUCUCGGUGUUGACACCCAAGCACCUGCACAGCAUCGACCUGCUGAGCAGCGAGGGCAGUGGCUAUGAGAAUGACAUCAACUUCCUGAUGAAGAUGGCACUGGACAAAAUCGCCUUUAUCCCUUUCAGCUACCUCAUCGACCAGUGGCGCUGGCGGGUCUUUGACGGAAGCAUUAACAAGGAGAGCUACAACCAGGAGUGGUGGAACCUCAGGUUGAAGUACCAGGGUGUCUGCCCGCCAGUGCCCAGGUCUCAAGGUGACUUUGACCCAGGGGCCAAGUUCCACGUUCCUUCAAGUGUGCCUUAUAUCAGGUAUUUUGUGAGCUUCAUCAUCCAGUUCCAGUUCCAUGAGGCGCUGUGCCGGGCAGCGGGCCACACGGGGCCCCUGCACAAGUGUGACUUCUACCAGUCCAAGGAAGCUGGGAAGCUCCUGGCGGACACCAUGAAGCUGGGCUUCAGUAAGCCAUGGCCCGAAGCCAUGAAGCUGAUCACGGGCCAGCCUAACAUGUCGGCCUCGGCCAUAAUGAGCUACUUCAAGCCACUGAUGAACUGGCUCCUCACUGAGAAUGGCAGGCACAAGGAGACGCUGGGCUGGCCACAGUACACCUGGACCCCAUACUCGGCUCGCUCGGAAGACUUCGUCCCGGGCUCUGGCCGUGUCAACUUCCUGGGCAUGGACCUGGAGCCGCAGCAGGCGCGCGUGGGCCAGUGGCUGCUGCUGUUCUUCAGUGUUGUCCUGCUGGUAGCCACCUUGGGUCUCGCCCAGCGGCUCUUCAGCAUCCGCCAGCACAACCUCCACCGACCCCAUCGAGGGCCUCAGUUUGGUUCUGAGGUGGAGCUGAGACACUCCUGAGAUCACCCUGCUGGUAUCCCAUGAGAGACACGGAUGGGGACAUGAUGCGUGGACAGAACACACCCAAGCCGGGACUUCCUCCUCCUCCUGCCUGUCCUCCUCUGCUCUCUGUCCCCUCCCCAGACUACCAGUCACCCCAGCCCCACCCCACACCCCAUUCUCUGAGCAUCCAGUGUCUAAUAUGGAACCCCCAAACUAGUCUCUCUUUGAAUACAAUUAAAGGUCCUCCCCACCCA